UGGCUGCGGCAGCUCCACAACUACAACUCCCUCAUGGCCGUGGUGGGCAGCCUGAGUCACUCGGCGCUCGCCCGCCUGUCCAAGACCAACGCCUGCCUGCAGCCGCAGUCGACCCGCGCGCUGGAGGGCCUCAGCGAGCUGCUGUCCUCGGCGUCCAACUUCAGCAACUACCGGCGCGCCCUCCACGAGUGCCAGGGCUUCAAGAUCCCCAUCCUCGGCAUCCACCUCAAGGACAUGAUCGCCAUCAACGCUGCGCUGUCCGACUGGCUGCCUGGCGACCACAUCAACGUGCGAAAGAUGGCACAGCUUACCCCCAUCGUCGCCGAGCUUGAGGACCUGGCCAGGAUCAACCCGCCCGUCAUCGCCCACAUGGACGUCGUCAACACGCUCCGGCUCUCCCUGGACGUACAGUACACCGAAGACGACAUUUACGAGCUGUCGCUGGCACGGGAGCCCAGGAACUCCUCCUCGCCCCAGUCCUCCCCGACGCAGACCACGGCUCCAGGCGUGGCCGGAGUCUUCGCCGACUGGGCGUCGGCGGCGUGCUCACCCCCGGACACGGCCACCAUCGAGAAGCACGUCAACGCCAUGGUGGACGCCGUGUUCAAGCACUACGACAACGACCGGGACGGAUACAUCUCCCGCGAGGAGUUCGACUCCGUAAACACCAACUUCCCCUUCAUCGCGUCCUUCUGCGUGCUCGACGCUGACCACGACGGCAUGAUAAGUAAACUCGAGAUGAAGAAGUACUUUAUCCACGCCAACUGCCACGCUCUGAAGAGUCUCAAGAACGGCUUCAAGCACGACUUCCACGAGACGACGUACUUCAAGCCCACGUUCUGCGCACAUUGCGCCGGCCUG